AUGUAUCGCGAAUUAACAAUCUCCAGUGAUAUUCCUGCGCGGAAGCUUACCAAAGCUGUCAAGACUGGUAAGCUCAGCCUCACCUCAAGCGAACUAAAGGGUAGUGGUUCAGUCAUCCAUCUCCACCCUGCUUCGUUUGAAAUGGCGCUCAAGGCUCGUAAAGCUGGACGCGGUGUCAGACUCGACAUUACCAAGCACGAAGUGAAGAAGGGCUACAAAAAGGCUCAAGGAGGCUCUAUCUGGUCCAAAGUAUGGGGAGGGAUCAACUCUGCAUAG